ACAACCAAACAGCCGCCCACUCCAGCCCUCCUCACCCUCCAUCUUUCUCUCUCCUCAUUUCUCCUUCCCACCUCAAACAAAAAGCCACUCACUCCAUUUCAGGAGAGAGAAUAACCAGAAGAAAAAACAAUCCCCAAAUCAAUCGAUCGAUUCAUCCAUUUCCAACAACCAGGGGUGUAACCUAAGAUCCAGAACACAACAAUCAUGUGGCGAAGACUAGUUUUCUCUCAACUCAAAUCCAUCUCUUCUGCAUCAUCAUCAUCAUCAUCGUCGUCUUCCUCCGUUGCUAAAUCGUCGUUUUCUUCUCUCGCUCGUCGUCUUCCUGCCACCUCCGCCGUCCGCUCUUCCUCGUUCCUCUCUCGCCGCCAUUUCUCCGCCGAAGCCGAGGUUUCGAAACCCCAGAAGAAGGUUGAAGAUGUAAUGCCCAUUGCUACUGGUCAUGAGCGUGAAGAGCUAGAAGCUGAGCUUCAGGGGAAGGACAUUCUGGAGAUCAACUACCCUUCGGGUCCUUUCGGUACCAAGGAAAGUCCUGCUAUUGUGCAGUCCUACUAUGCAAGAAGAAUUGUUGGAUGCCCUGGGGGCGAAGGAGAGGAUGAACAUGAUGUUGUCUGGUUUUGGCUAGAGAAAGACAAGCCACACGAGUGUCCAGUUUGCACACAGUACUUCAAGUUGGAAGUUGUCGGCCCAGGCGGUGAUCCUGAAGGUCACGAUGAAGACGAACACCACCAUUGAAACAGUUUGCAAUUGUAUUGACAGAAUAAGAUCUAGUGAGACAACAAUGAAACAAGUUUCGUGAAACUUAAACUUCAGCUACUGCUUUCCAAUUGAAAAGCGUUAAAGCUUGUUUGUUUUUUUGAUGGGUCCUUGGAAUGGAUGCCUGUUGGUAACAAUCUUAGUCCGUUGCUCUAUUUUUGAGAGAAAUACAAAAGAGUUGUUUCUUUUAACAUUGAGCUAUUAAUUGGAUUGGAAGUAUAAAUUUCAUUCA